UUAGGUCCAUAUCAAGACUAUGAUUUCAAUUGGUUGAGCAAACAUUUGUCAACAAAAACACCAUAUUACAAAUUGACAGAAGAUUCAGAUAAUGAUAGUAACAGUGGUAGUGCUGGUAGUAGUGAAGAUAGUGCAUCAUCAAUACCACCACAAUGUAAAUUAGUAUCAAUUGAUCUUUUAGCAAGACAUGGUUCAAGAUUACCUGUAGAGUCAUCAAUCAUUAGAUUAAAUCAAAUGGCUGCAGAUAUUUAUCAAUAUCAAGAUAAAAUUUCAAAGCAAUUUCAUUGGAUCUUUAAUUGGACCGUACCUUAUCCAAAAGAUAUUGCAGGUAAUUUAAUUACUCAAGGUCAAUUUGAACACUAUAAUAUUUCAAAAAGAUUAUUAAAUAAAUAUCCAGAAUAUUUUGCAAAUAUGAAAUAUAAACCACAAAACUAUGAAAUCUCUUCAACAUUAGUCUCUAGAACUGGUAUCAGUGCCUCCUCAUUUGCAUAUGGCUUAUUAGAAGGAACUGGUCUAUUAGGUGGGGAUUUUCAACCUGUUUUCCAUCAAACUGCAUCACUAAAUGAAGAUAAAUUGCUUAGAUUCUUUGACACAUGUGACUAUUAUAAGGAUCAAGUUAAAAAUGGUACAAUUAAUAAAAAUGAACAGUUAGUAUGGCAGAAUCUUACCUUUCCAAAUAUUUCAAUAGAAAUUUCAGAACGUUUGGGACUUUCAGAAAUAUGGAUGCCAACCAACGGUAUUGUUUCAAAUAUUAUCGAAUCAUGUGCCUAUGAUAUGUCUAUUGGAAAUAUUAGCGAUCAUUGGUGCAGCUUAUUAUCUCGUCAAAACAUUUUGGAUUGGGAAUAUGCAGAGGAUCUUUCAAACUAUUGGAUUAAAAGUUAUGGCCACCAAGUAAACUAUAAAAUAGCAUCACAACUACUUCAAAAAAUGAUUGGAGGAUUCGAUAAAUAUGUUAAAACUCAAGAUAAAUCUCUUUAUAGAGAACCAAUCAAUAUUUUAAGAUUUGGUCAUGCCGAAACUGUUAUACCAUUCCUCGCCUUAUUAGGGCUCUAUAAAGAUUCAGAGCCAUUGUUUGCUAAUGCUACAAAAGAACAAAUUGAAAAUAGACUCUUUAGAACCAGUGUAGUAUCACCAUAUGCAUCAAAUAUUGGAAUGUUUUUAUUUGAUUGUGCACCAGAUAAUGACACCAGCGAUAGUAGCAGUGACUCCAAUUCAGGUCCAAGCAAUCAUCACCUAAAUUCAAAACAUCGUAAUUUCGAAAACUUUAAAAUUUUAGUUGAACAUAACGAACUACCAGUUUUAAUUCCAGGUUGUGAUGGCAAAUAUUGCAACUAUGCAACCUUUAGAAAAAUAUUCUCAGAUGUUAUUUCAUUUGAAUGGAAAUCAUAUUGU